AUGGGGAAGAAAGCUAUUGCGAAGACGCAAAAAAAAAAAAAACACAAAGAGAUCGAGCAGUAUGAGGCCAGGACAUUCAACAGAGACAUCAGCAACAAAAUUAAGAGGAAAAGUUUCAACCUACCAAGAGUUAAAAGAAAUGGAAUAAUAACGUAUGACGAUGACGACGACGAUGAUGAUUACAAUGCUGGGGGAAGAGGACGGCGAAGUGGUCUCCAUAGCGGUAGCCAGAACGAGGAACAGAAUAGGAAGAAGAGUAAAAAAUUCGAAAAGGGACAACUGAAAUUGAAGAAAAUGCUAGAAAAAAUAAAGAACAAGAAGAAAAAAAUUAAAAAUCCGCUAGAGGAAGAAAUGACCAAAAUUGAAAACAAAAUGAAACACUGUCAUGAUAUAAGAAAUGAAGUGGCAGUCAUUUCGAAUAGCAUCAUUGGGAAUCAGGACAUGCACAUUGAAAAGUUCGACCAUCUCUUCUUCAUAUUUAGGGAAAGCUUGACGAAAGGGAGGGAGCUCAAGAGGAGGGCUACCAUCGGAAAUGGCACUUUCCCAGGCGCAGGCACUACUAAAAGAGAUGCGGAUAGAAAGACGGACAAAAACGAAUUGGAGAGGAAGGUUAAGUAUUACCAAAUGGCCAACGCUCUGAGCUCCAUAUCCAUCUGCACGGUGCUCAAGUGCAUAACGCCUUCAUACAAAAUUAUUGGUAGUGAAAAAAUAUCAGGGGAGAAUAACAGUACCAUUCAAAGGAACGAAGAACAUACCUCUUUAAAAGGGGAAACAAAUAAGGGUCUAAACUGUAUUGAAGGGGGAGGCGCCAUGAAGAGCCUGUCCAAGCUCAUGAUAAAUGUAAACAAGAUAGAACAAAAAAUUGUUCAGUACUUUAAACAGUUCUGCAGCAUCCUAAAGGAAAAUAUACGCAACAAUGUAACUCUGUUUGUGAAUCUGCUAUGUGAAAUUGUAACGGUAAAUUUGCACCUGUCCAGAAGUGAAGGGCUUUUUGACUAUCUCACUUUGUAUGCGAAUAUACACACGUACUCGAAGAAGAAACACAACGCCAUGGUAGAGAGGAGAGGAGGGCUGACCAAAAAAGGAAAGACUAAUAUACACCUCCUUUGUAUGAAGUGCCUAAACACGAUUAAAGAAAUUAUUGACAAUGAUUCAAAUUUGUCCUUCACCAUAACCCUAGUAGACUAUUUUACCAACUCUCUUUUUAAGAGGGAACAAAAUGUGAGUCCUAACUUAUUAAAAAUUUUUUCUCAAAUUAGCAUCACGGAGAAAAAAAUCAGCGCCAAGUUAUUUUCUGGUGAGGAUGCAAACGAUGGUGGUUUGGGCAAAUGGAAGGAUGACAAUGUGAGGACGAAGACGAAUGUGUGUGGGGAGUUGAGAAUUAUUGAAAAAAAUACGGAGAAAAUAUUGGACCAGCUUUUUUUAGUGUACUUGUGUGUGUUAAGGGGUUAUAAGAAGCACUCCGUUGCGUUAGUGAAAAACGCCCUGCAGGGUAUAUGUCAUUAUGCGCUUUAUGUGAAUAAGCUCCUCAUGGAUGAUGUCUUUGCCGAGGUGAAGGCGCUGGCCACGGUUGGAACCGCUGCGGUUGGUGAAGCGGCUGAUGAAGCGGGUGGCGGAGGUGGAGGCACUGCACCGCCACCCCUAAGACUGACCGCCGCGCGCAUUUUUCUCGAAAUGAUAAACAAAGUGACGGACGACAGUUUCUACAUUGACUGUUCCUGGGUGGCGAAUACCCUCCUGUCUCUGCUAGAUUUAUCCUUGCCCUAUUUCCACCUGGGCUCGGUGCACUUCCUCCUCGAGGAUCAGAAUUUCAUGUACAGCAGCUUCGGCGACUUUGGAAAAUGCAGCCAGAGUGAUCCCCUCUCAGGGGGAAGACAAAACGGUACAUAUGUCGACAACGCGGAAUGUAGUAACCGUGGAGAGGCAAACGAAAGAGGGCAAGUACAAAUGGGGUCCAAAAACACCAGUGAGAAAUAUAACUUUUGUGCAGAGCUUCUGUACUGCAUUGAGUUACUGCUAAACACAAAAAGCUUCACAAGUAACUACAAUACAUUCAAGUCAAACAACAAUCAGCUACUAGCCAGAAUAGUCUUCGAGUUACAAAACAUUGCUGUGCACUCAGACUAUAUAAUAUCCUUUUGUAUUUUAAAUGUUAUUCAAAACAUUUUAAAAAAAUACCCACUUGUUAGAUCCAUUGUAGAUGAGGACGGAAUUGUUAUCUCUUCCAUGAAUGAUAAUUUGUCCAUUUUUUUUUCAAACUUUCUGUUUCAUUCCUCUUUUGCUGAAGACGUAUCUUCCUUGGGGUUCAACAUCUCUUUGUUUGACUCUGAUGAGAGUAGGAACGCCAUUUUGAAUAACUACAUAAGUCAGCACGUGCGGGAAAAAGACCCGAACAAAGUGAUCCAUUUGAAUCUUUCCUUGAGUGAACCCAGAAUUGUAAACGCACACACAUUUAUGAAGUACCCCCCAGAGGAAUGCGCCAGUAAAUUUAUGCAAUGUGGUUUUAAAAAGUCAUCAGCUGCCCCCCGUGAUGGAACUCAUGGCAUGGGUUUUAAAAAUGCCUUUUGUGGGAACUCUUCCCUUGAGAAAAAGGCGGGGAUUAAAUUCACCGGCACAAGUGCAAACUUGUCUGUCAGCCAUGUCCCUGCACACAUGCUCACCGCGAUGGACUUUGUCGAAAUUGUUUUUUCCCCCUACGAGGAGUUGAGCAAAUAUUUUUCAAAGGACUGCGAUAAGGGAGAACAGUGA